AUGGCUGACGUGAAGAAAGCUUGCUUGGAGUCUCUGAAAGUCGUACCACUUGGAAAGACACCAGCAGAGAUACAGCAUGGCACGGACUUCUACAAGUACUUGUUCGGACAUCACCCCGAUCUUCGCAAGUACUUCAAAGGUGCUGAAAACUUCACUCCUGACGACGUUCAGAAGAGCGAAAGAUUCGCGAAGCAGGGCACUGCUUUGGUGAUGUCUGUGCAUAUCUUUGCAAACCUUUACGACAAUGACAUGGUCUUCCGUGGAUUCUGCCGUGAUCUUAUGAACAGACAUGUUGAGAGGAAAUUGGAUCCCGCCCUGUGGAAGUCGUUCUGGGGUAUCUGGACUGCAUUCCUGGAAAGCAAAGGCGCUUCUCUGAGCGGAGAUCAGAAGGCCGCAUGGGAAAAGCUGGGAACUACAUUCAAUGAGGAAUGCCAGCAGCACCUCGCCAAGCUUGGACUGCCACACACGUAA